CCAAUCGAGAAAUAUAUCAAAUAUGGACGGAUGUUUACCCCCCCGACGUCAGAUUGCCACGCGUCGAUACAGUUAGCCUAAUGUUGCCAGCUGUAGGUUUAGUAGUAGUGUGUCUGCUGACCGUGGUAGAAGGUCAAUCCAAGCCUAUCACUGUAACACUAAACGCCAAAUGGAACUCCACACCCUUACUACUAGAAGCAAGUGAGUACAUAGCAAAAGAAAGCCCAGAAUCCUUUUGGAGAUAUGUGGAAGAGAUAGCCAAGUUGGACCCGAAAGCAACUGCCUUAGAAACUGAUCAUGGAUAUUACCAUAUGAUCCUGAAGUUUGCAAGCAAAGUUAUCUCCCCUUUGCAACUGAAGUUAUUACAGCUUUCUCUGUCCCUCAGGAUCUACUCUCCAGCAGUGGAAACAUUCCAACAGCUGGCUGAGGGAGCACCAGAUGGCUGCUUUGCAUUUGUGAACAUUCACGGUCAAACUACAUGUAAUCCAGCAGAGGUGAAGUCACUGAUAGAAAAGGCAGCAGAUUUACCAAAGUCAUCAAUUUUCAAGUUUGACCAUAUCUACCCUGGAUCUGCGGGUAAUGACACUGUUGUUGUGCUGUACGCAGAAGUCGGCAGAGAGGGAUUCCCAGAAUUUCAUCAAACGCUGCUCGACAUGGCAAAACAGAAACAAAUAAAAUAUGUACUGCGACACUUUGUUAGAGACCAAGCCAAGGAGAAGACCCGCUUGUCAGGUUAUGGUGUGGAGCUGGCCAUCAAGAGUACUGAAUACAAAGCCCAGGACGACACAAAAGUAGAAAGUGGAGGUUCUGCAGAUACAGAGGAAGAUGCAGUGGAUGAGGUGCAAGGAUUCAUCUUUUCAAAACUCAGAGAGUUGCACCCAGAGAGCAAAGAGGAUCUGGCGGCUUUUAAGAAUCACCUUGUGGCCACAUCUACUGAUCUGGCCGCACUCAAAGUAUGGCAGUUACAAGAUUUGAGUCUACAAGCAGGACAGAUUUUGAUGACCACCCCUGCAUCUGAAGUAUUGUCUGUUCUCACAGACAUCAGUCAGAACUUCCCACAGCGAGCCAGGACAUUAGUGAAGACAGUUCUUACAGAAGAAUUCAAGAAAGAAGUAAAGCAAAAUCAACAGUAUUUCGAGACAAACCAUGGGCUGUCAGCAGGAGACUCUGCUAUGUACCUAAACGGUUUACCUGUUGAUAUGGAAGCGUACGACGUCUACAGUCUCCUGGAACUGAUGCGAACGGAGACAAACCUUAUGGAGGGACUCUACUCACUUGGCUUCAAGGGUCCAGAGGUCAAUCAGAUUCUGAAGUUAGACCUGAGUGGGGACUCGGAAGACUUCGCCCUGGAUAUUAGACACAUCGCUAUUUCUUAUUUAAAUGACCUGGAGAGUGAUCGUAAGUACAAGAAUUGGCCAAGCAGCGUACAGGACAUCCUACGCCCAACAUUCCCGGGCAUGCUCCGACAUGUCGCCAAGAACCUUUUUCACAUGGUUUUUAUUGUGGAUCCUACUGAAAAGGAAAGUAGAGAAUUACUUAAAAUGGCGGAAGCAUUUUUGGUGCACAGUGCACCAGUACGAAUCGGCAUAGUGCUUGUGGUUGACUCGGAUAAAGAGGUGACAGGGUACGACGACACAGGAGUGGCGUUUUCUCGUGCAUUUGAUUACCUUAUUAGGGAAGAGAGUGCCGAUAGGGCUAUCUCCUUUAUCACAGAUGUGUAUGAGAAAGCGCAGUCCGAGGAACUCACCGCAGAUAUCGUAGUUAAGGAAUUCCACCGUUUAUAUGGUGAUGCAGAGGAGGGGACAGUUUUUGGAGAAGACGAUGACUACAAUACCCUCAGAAAGGCCUCCAAUGACUUUGUGUCCAAGUCGGGCCUGAAAGAUUUCCCUCAGGUGCUGAUGAACGGUGUGCCCAUGGACAAGAAGUACCUGACAGAGGAAGCGUUUGAGGAGGGUGUGGUUUCUACAAUCCUUGCCCACACUCCAGCUAUACAGAAGGCUGUGUACCAGGGAACACUUCAUGACUUUGUCAACGUUCAGGAAUGGCUCAUGGAGCGCGACAAUGUUCUCCCGAGGCUGAAUUCAAGGGUCCUCACACCAGCAAAGAAAUCGCUGGAUUUCACCCUUAGACUGGAAGCUAAUGUUUACGGUGAUGUGGAUCAAUUUAGUGUGCUGAACACCAAAGCCAUGACUUCCAUAAUGACACAGAAUAUGAAAUAUCUGACAAGGAAAGAUGAAGACAUGCUCCGCCCUGUGACCAUGUGGGUUGUUUGUGACCUUGAGACUGCUGAAGGUCGUGAUUUGUUGUACUCGGCUCUUAAACAGCUGAAGCACACCCAUGACCUGAGAGUAGGUGUGGUAUUUAACAGCCAACUAGGGAAGACAGAGAGCGCCUUCACUAUAUCCCGCGCUGUGUAUGCCGCUCUCACCACCCUUGAGCCAGGUAUAGCCAAAUCUUUUAUCACCAAACUGGUUAAGGAGGAAAACGUGAAGGAUAUCCUGGCUCACAGCAAACAACUCAGUGACUUUGAGGUCCAUGGUAUGGACACCAUGUCCUACAUGCUGGCAGCAGAAGUACAGACGACAGACUUCCUCAAGGUUCACCGAGCGUUUGUUGAUAAAGCCUUAGGCUGGGACGAGUCGGCCAGAGGAGUAUUAGCUAAUGGCCAGAUACUGGGACCCCUGGACAAGGAUGAGCGAUUCAUACCUGAGGAUGUGGACUUGUUCCAGAAAUAUGUUUUCCAGAAUUCUGCCAAGAAAAUAAAGGGUCUUCUCUCCGUGCUUGGCCACAAAGAUGACAAGGGCAGUGACCUAGUGAUGAAGGUAGCAGCUCUCCUCAGUCAGUCAGGGUCGACAAAAGAGAGAAAAGAGGUUCAGUACGCUGGUGAUCAACACAGUGUCAUCAAACUGCCUGCAGAUUCAGGAACCCCCGCCUACCAAGUGGAGGUCAUUAUUAAUCCAGCCUCGCCAGAUGCCCAGAAAAUGUCGGCCAUCCUCAUGAUUUUGGAGGAGGUUGCGAAUGUGGACAUCAAAAUAUUUAUGAACUGUAAAGACAAACUGUCCGAGCUACCUGUGAUCACAUUUUAUCGAUAUGUGUUAGAGCCGACUAUAACAUUUAAAGUAGACGGUUCCUAUUCAGAAGGUCCCAUAGCCAAAUUCACCGACAUGCCUACCAAGUCCCUACUAACCCUAGGAAUGAAUCCGUCCGAGAGCUGGUUGGUGGAGGCAGUGUCUGCCCCUUAUGAUCUUGACAACAUUUUGUUAGAAGAGACCAAGACUGGAAUACAUGCUGACUUUGACUUGGAGUACCUACUGUUGGAAGGCCAUUGCUCCGACAGUACGACAGGACAGCCGCCACGAGGACUCCAGUUUACACUCGGUCGUAACAGGACAGAAGCUGCUGUAGACACAAUCGUCAUGGCAAAUCUGGGUUACUUCCAGUUGAAGGCCAAUCCGGGUACUUGGUUCCUGAAGCUGAGAGAGGGAAGAUCACAUGAGCUAUAUGAUAUAGCAAGUCAUGAGUUCACAGACACACCAGACGGAUCUGAUGAUGUUGUUGUGGUGAUGAACAGCUUCAAAAGUAAAAUAAUAAGGCUUAAGGUUGCUAAGAAACCUGAAAAGAGUGGGGAACAGUUACUUGUGGAUGACGCGGAGCGAGGAAUCUGGGAAUCCAUUUCUAGUACGCUGACUGGAGAUAAAGCUGAGGAUGAUGGUGACAAGACACUCAAUAUAUUUUCUCUUGCCUCGGGACACAUGUAUGAGCGGCUCAUGAGGAUUAUGAUGAUGAGUGUAUUGAAGAACACCAAAUCAAAAGUGAAAUUCUGGUUUUUGAAAAAUUAUCUAUCACCAUCUUUUAAGGAUUUUAUACCUAAGAUGGCUCAGGAAUAUGAAUUUGAGUUUGAAUUAAUUCAGUACAAAUGGCCACGAUGGUUAAAUCAACAGAAAGAAAAACAAAGAAUUAUGUGGGGAUAUAAAAUAUUAUUUUUGGAUGUGCUGUUUCCAUUAGAUGUAAAGAAAAUUAUAUUUGUGGAUGCUGAUCAGAUUGUACGUACAGAUUUACAAGAGCUAAACGACCUAGAUUUAGGUGGCGCCCCCUAUGGUUACACACCAUUCUGCAGCAGUCGCACAGAAAUGGAUGGAUUUAGAUUUUGGAAAUCUGGUUAUUGGGCCAGCCAUUUAGCAGGAAGGAGAUAUCAUAUUAGUGCCUUAUAUGUGGUAGAUCUGAAGAAGUUUCGGCGUAUUGCUGCAGGCGAUCGUCUGCGAGGCCAGUACCAGGGUCUGAGCCAGGACCCCAACAGUCUGUCCAAUCUUGACCAGGACCUUCCAAACAACAUGAUACACCAGGUCGCUAUCAAGUCACUGCCACAAGAGUGGCUCUGGUGUGAAACCUGGUGCAGCAACGAGUCCAAGGCCAAGGCUAAAACUAUAGAUUUGUGCAAUAAUCCUCAGACCAAAGAACCUAAAUUAAAAGCAGCACUUCGUAUAGUACCAGAGUGGAAAAAUUACGACUACGAAAUUAAGAUAUUAUGGGACAAAGUUUACAAAACCAAUACAAGAUCUCAGAUAGAAUAUGACCCUCCAGAUAUAGAGACAUCAACGAUAGGCUCAAAGAUAAAAGACGAGUUAUAAAUGUACUGUUACGGCUGUCAAGAGAGAUGACUUAAUGAUCAUAUGUGGAAUGUCUGUGUGAAAUUGUGAAUGUGUGUUUCAUGAGUUAAACUUGUGUGAAAGUUAAUGUUUAUGGCUUGGGAGUGAGGAGAGAGAUUAUGAGAUGUAAUUGCCUCAAUCUGAUUUAAACUAGAUCUUGACCUCCACUCAGAUACUUUAGGAUAGUCUUCAGAUAGACUGGACCAGCGGCCUACUCAUUUAUGCAAACCAACUGGUGCAGCUGUUUCAAAAAGAAAUAUUUCAGGGAGAAAAUCUGACAGACCUACAAAUGUUAAUGCAGCCCUUGAAAGUCUAUGUCAGGGCUUGGCAGAAACAGUUUCAAAUCACUAGGCCCGUCCUUAUUGAAUAAACAAACAUAUCUGAUCUAACUGCUCCAACUGAUUGGAACAGGA